GGUUUAGACUUUAAUCUUUGUUCUAAAAAUAAAUAAAAACACGAAACCGGCUUGUUUCUUUAAUAAACACGAAGUUUAUAACUCUUUUGAUCAAGAUGACUUUAAAAGUUUAUUUAGAUUUGGUGUCUCAACCAUGUCGAUCACUUUACAUGGUUUUAAAAGCGAGCAACACUCCGUUUCAAAUGGAAUCGAUUGAACUCUUUAAAGGGCAACACUUGCAAGAAGAUUACUUAAAAAUAACCCCUCUCCAUAAAAUACCGGCGAUAACUGAAAAUGGAAUGAAUUUAAUUGAAAGUGUAGCUAUUCUACGUUAUUUAGAUGCCACAGGAAGAAUUAAUGAGAAGUGGUACCCAAAGGAACCGAUGAAAAGGGCCAAAGUUGAUGAGUAUUUAGAGUGGCAUCAUAUUAAUAUGAGAGCAGUGUUUUUUACUCUUUUUCAACGAAAAAUUAUUUUCCCCAAAUUCUUUAAUAAAGUAACUUCACCGGAAAGCUUGGCAAAGUUUGAUGAAGCUGCCUAUAACGCUUUGGAUACUUUUAUUGAACAUUGGUUAGGCGAUAAACCUUUUAUAACCGGAAAUAAUAUAACAGCAGCUGAUCUUUGGGCUUCAUGCGAAAUUGAUUCGCUUCCUGCCGUUAAAAUUAAUCCAUUUUCUGAUGGACGAGAGAAGUUAGCCGACUAUAUCGUAAGAGUUAAAAAUGGUGCAUCUCCUUGGUAUGAAGAAUCAUUGGAAAAAUUAACGAAAACGUUUAAAGCCCAAAAAGGGGAAAAAUCUAAAAUGUAAAAAAAAAUAAAUUUUUAAAAUUUAAACUCUUUAAAAUAAAGAAUUUUAGUUUAACUCAAAUAUUAAUCUACUUAAUCAAUGAUCACGAUAAGGUUUGUUUUAUAAUCUUUUUUAAAUAAUAAUCAAUAAAAACUAAUUAUUAAA